AUGCUAACUCCAGCAUUUGAAAUAAACCAAGAUGAAACCUUCCUGAUCAUUGUCAUCAACGCACCCUUUUGCAAAGGUAACUGUUUGUUGCUAAAUGAGGUAUCUGAGGUAGAGACAUUUGUUGAAGGCAACGAAUUUAAGUUUUACUCAAAGCCUUACUUCCUAAGGUUGACUCUUCCUGGCAAUUUGAUUGAAGAUGGUCGAGAGGCGGCAUCCUAUGACACAGAUUCAGGUGUAUUCACAAUCCGAGUGCCUAAGGAGAAGGCUGGACAAAAAUUUGAUGGGCUGGACAUGUUAACAAAGUUAUUAGCUCCUAAAGGUCAAGUCACAGCAAAACAGCCUCUGAUUGAAGUUUUAGAAGACAAAGACCAAGGUGCAACUGCCACUGAGGCACCCAAUGAUGAAGAGGAAGAAUUUCAAUGGUUUAUUGAGCAGGAUCCUGUAGAAGAUGGGGAAGUAACUCUGGAUGGACCCAAGUAUGGCUUUGCCCAUCUCAGGAGUGGUGUUUUCUCUCGCUUAAACAGUGAUAACAAGAGCAAAAUCUUGUAUUGUUUCUUUCAUAUUUGUCAUCAGAGUAUGUCUGAGCUGGGGUUGAUUGUUGAUUUAGAAGAGCCAGACACCACUCCUGCCCCAGAGAGACAGAAACUUCGCAAGGCAAAAGAAGAUGACAAAUUUGAUGAUGACCACUAUCUAGCUGAUCUCUAUGGUGAUGAUGUCAUUCAAGAACUGCUGAGAUAUACACCUCCUUGGUGUGAAGAGCUCCUGAACAAGGACGAUAACCCAGACCAUGUUAUUUUUUCUGAAUCUGAAAAAGAGAAGUUGAGGAAACUUCCCAACAAAGAAUGUAUCCUUGGUGAGUCUGCAUGGAAUAUUUGCAAGCUGAGCUCUACGUUGUCCUGGCUUGAUUCAUUUUGCAGUCUGAAGGAGGUGAUGGUUGCAUGUUACAGGAGGUGCCUUUGUUUUCCUCUGUACAGGCAUUGGAAUUUAACCCAGGCAGUCUUCCAGGAUCUAGCCAAGCUAUUCACUGUUGGAAAACGACAACUUCUGAAGAAUCUCCUACAGAUCCAUAGUCUCCUGCAGGAGUCAGACCCGUAUUAUGUACUCAAUGACCUCUACAUCACAGACUACUGUGUCUGGAUCCAGUCAGUGAGUGAUAAAAGAUUAGAAUCACUUGCUUCGGCUAUAUCUCAGAUGGAACUGAAGAAAGAAGAUCUAGGUUUCCAUUUGGAUGAACUUGAAGCUGCUGCAGAGUCUCUAAUAAUGGAGUCAGAAAUGGAUUCUGUCUCUGAAAAUCUAUCCAAGAUGUCUGUUGCUCAGCCCAGUGAAAACUCGCAUAGGUUACCUAGAACAACCUAUAAAAAUGGUGCCAAUUCAGGAACUUUACAAGACAGAGAUAGUGAUGAUGACAGCACAGAUACUGAUGAUGUCAGCACAAUUGGCAAUGAUGAAAAGCACAGAAAGUGAUGAUGAGGCUUCCAGCUCGAUUACACAAGCAAUUUGGCCAACUCAAGAAACUCAGCCAGAUACAUCAAGGAGAUUAAUACGCAAGCAGAUGUCUGAUAUUUCUUGCUUCAGUGAUUCCACUGGAGGAUCAAAUGACUGUGUUUGUUUUAUUUUGGUGCUCUCAUUGACCUCUGUUAAAUGUACUGCGGAUGGAGUACUAAAUUGUUUAAAGGUAUACAUGUACAUAACUAAAAAGAGGUGAAGUUAAAUUUGUCUUACAACAGUAAUCCUGUGUCUUCCUUGGUUUAGUAAUGUUUCUGAGAAACUUGAAUUCUUACAGUACAUUUAUGUCAUCUUUAAAGUACAGCAGUACAUAUGGAGAUUUAUGUUUAAAUAAACAGAAUUGCAUCAUAUUACAGGUCUACAUGUACAUGUAUUCAGACAACUAGAACGAAUGUGCCAUAUAAGCAAUGCGCUUUAAAAGGAUGAGGUUUCAACUGACAUUGUAAAAACACAUGUGCAUAUCAUAGUUAUACUUCAUAUUAUUUUAAGGAUAAUUCACUGCCAAAAUCCAACAAGUCCAAAGAUCUCAUUCUCAGGCUUCCUGAAUUUAUUCUUCCUUCUGUUAUGGAUACGGCAUUUGUCAUACAAUUUGGGUAUACCAUGUUGGAAUAAUGCUCUCAAAAUUGAUGAAAUGACAUGUUACAUGUCCUGUAAUGUAUUACAUACUAAGGGUAGCUAUUAUGAUGUCAUUGAUUCUUAUGGAGUCCAGAAUGUUUCAGUAUGUUCAUAUCUAUUGUUGAGGAAUUAGGGUAUCAUAGGGUUUGAUGCUUUAGUGUUAUUUGUAAUUUAUAAUGGGCAUAUGUAUACCUAAUGAAAAAAAAAGACUGGAAGGAUUGUUGCAUUUAGGUUGUCCAGCUUCACAUUGUAACAAAAACUUCAGACAAUGUCAGAUGUUCGUAUUGUACAUGCAUGCUAAGAUAUGAAAUUGUUAUAGGUCUGCAUUUCAUAUGCUGAGAAAGUUGUUGCACACAGAUAGUUACACUUUACAGCUGGUACUAAAUUCAGCUAUAUAUGGAAGUAUAUGUACAUGCAUUUAAUUUGGAUGCUUUUUCAUCUCCAGCUGUUGUUUCAUUUGUACAAUUCACAGCAUUUCAGCAUAAGUUUCAACCAAAUUUUACUUAAGCACACAUAAUUAUCAGCAGAUAAUAGUUUGACAAGGUAAAAUCCCUUUUCUUCUAUUUUCUUCUUCUGACUCUUUGCACUUUGUCGAAUUCCUGACAAAUACCUUGACUUUAUGCCACAGGCCUAUGAAAACUGAAUUCAAGUCUGUGACAUCAUUCAUGACAUGAUUAGUGAAUGCAUCCUCCUUAAUCCUGUGAAUGCUUGUUUCCAUGAAACCCCUUCAGCAUUACAUGCACUUACCGUAUUUAUCCAUAGACCAUUUUUUACAGCCAAAUAAAAGUAUUACUUUUGUAGGUGGAACUUAGAUAUUUUCAAGUAGGAUAUCAGCCUAAUUACUUAACAAACCUCAAAACCCCUAAAAUUGAUAGAGCGUUCCCAGAAUUGAGCAAAAUGAGAAACUUUAGUCAAAUACAGUAACUACUAUGGCAACAUCAUGUCCUCACUACUGGUUGCUAUGGUAGUUAGGUGCAAGUAAUGCUACUAGGGCUUCAUGCUAGAGGACCCUAGUAGAAGUAGAUAAAUAGUCUAUCAGAUUUGAGGAGAAUGUUGUCUUAAGCCUGUUGUAAGAUUUCAAAAUGCUGGCACACCACUCCUGACACAUGUUGCAUGUGCUUUUGUAUUCAUGGGAUUGUACAUCUAUGGGUAAUUGCUUAUUAGUAUUAGCAAGUAUUUCUUUUGUGCUGUGGAGCAAAAUGUUUAAACCUGUGAAGUGUGGGUAGUUUUUGUAGUAGUUUUCACUCAUGUAUAGAUAACUAUAUACAUGUACAUGUAAAACUUACUGAAAAUGCGAUAUUUAUUCACUGGUGGAAAGACAAUGUUGCUUACUCAUUUGGUUUUAUGCAAUGACUGUGUAAAGAGCAGCUGUUGUAAAGCAAAAUUUUCAAUGUGGGAUGGUGGGAUCUACUGCCAGUUUUUAGAAAGAUGUCUCUCUGUUCAUCUAUGAUAGCAUUUGCUAAAUUGUUUUGUUUGUUUUUUUUGUUUGAUUUUUUUUACUCUCUCAUUGUUAUCAAAAUGUUAUUAAUUUUUUCAUACAGUUGACCUACAGUGUUUUAUAAAAAUCAAGUGUUCAUGUCCUCAUACAAACUAUUGAAAAACUGUUACUUUACAUAUUGUACCAUUAAGAUUUUGGAGUUUGUGAACAGUGUUAUAAUGUGCUAUUGUAUUACUGGAUAAGUGUCAUGUGUGUUAUGGUAUGGUAUAUGUUCUUGGCAGUUUUUAUCAUUGUGAACUUGAAGAAUAAAGAUUCUGGAGAAAAAAUCUGUACUGGUACCUUCCUCAGUAAAGUUUCCUCAGUACCAGUCUUAUAUAUGUUUAUACAGUUGUAUACCUCUGAAACUUAACAUGAGAUUCUCUUAGCAUUGUGUAUAUGUAAUCUCAACAUUGAACUUGCACUUUUAGCCAAUCGUCUCAAAUUUACAGUGACUGUUGCACCAAUUCUGUGUAUGUGUUCUAACUUCACAUGAAAAUUUAUGUGAAGUUAUGUUCUUCCUUUUCUGCAUUUAGUAUCUUAUGAGAUUUGUGUUGGCAUUAUUACAUGAAAUCAUAUCUAUUCAUUCAAACUUCUAUGAUACCUUAUCGUUUUAAGGCGUUUAUGUGCUUUUCUUAAAGGGCAUUUUUACAUACCAGACGAAAUACAGUAUAUCAAAGUACAAGGGUUUAACAGGUGACACAUUGAUUUUAUUUUGGUGGACAUACAGGUGUAGAUGUCUUGACCUACAUUUUGAGUCAAAACAUCAAUCUGAGAUUGUAGAAUAAUGUUAUUAAAACAUCUUGAAGAUAUGUGCUUGAUUUUGAUUCGACAACAUACGGAUAAGAUAAUACACGAUUUUCUUUUGUUUUUACAUUUGAUUUCUUGUUUGACUUUCAGACUCAGAGCUUAAUGUCUCAGCUGCCAUAUUAUAUUCAGGAAUUGUCUUCAAUGUAUUUCUAGAUUUUAAUAUCAUUUUUAAUGAGUCUUGAGUAUUGCAAUAAUUAUUAAGAUAUUUAUUUCAGUAAAAUAUUUCUUAAAAAAAAGGUAAGAGGGCAAUUAAAAGCAUUUAUGCAGAAACAGUAUGUACCAUCUUCAACUGUUAAUUUUUGGAAAGCCUAAAAUGACAGGCACCUCUUCAUUGUUAGGCUGUAUGAAUUAUAUGGUAUGCUGUAAGAAGUUUUCAUCUGAGCCAAGAAUUAAAUUUGAAGAUCAUGCUUUUCUUAUAUGUAGAUUUAAAGGUACCAUACUAAAGCAUUUUUCAGACACUCCUUUUUCUUGAAAAUAAUGGUAUAUAGGUAUGAAUGUUUGGAAACUAUUUGCUUUUUAUAUGACAGUUGUGGUGAGGAUUUUGAACUCACAACACAUGUUGUCAUCAUGUAAAUGUAAUGAUGCUUAUCUGUUGUUUUCCACAAAUGUCCACCCUGAACAUUGAAAAGGUCCUGUGGGCACUUCUGCUUAUGCAUGUAUUUCUAUACCAGUAAGUGAGAUUUGUCAUUUGUGGACAGUUUGCAUUAGGCUUCCAAUUUCUUCAUUAGAUUAUACGCAAAUGUUUUCAUCUUUUUGUAUAUGUGCUUGUUCAAGUCUACUUCUUAGUUCUUAAUAUGGCAUACUUAUUGUACUAGCGGUGGAUUAAUCUGUAUUAUUUUCAGGGAUAUAAUACAGGAUCAGUUGAAUUUUACCAGUACAUUGCAUUUAAAGUUUGAGUUUUUCUGUCAUUCAAUAUGUUGACAUGCCAGCCAUUAAACUUGGUGGUUACAAAAGUUAUUAGGCAUUAAUCGUUCCCCAGGGGAAAUUCUUAUUAGCAGUACCAAAGAUCAUAUAGCAUGUAUGUCUACUUUUGUUUGAUUAGAAAACACCAUGGUGUACAUGUUCAUUUAAAUUUCCCAUACAAGUUACCAUAUGAAACUUUUUACAGUUGUUUCAGGGAUCAAGUGUGGAUAAAGGGUAAUGCAUAUAUGUUUUUGUUUCAUUUAAGUCAAUGCAGGAGUUGACUGUUAAGUUCGCAUGUAUCCUAUAUAAAUUUGUCAUCUCUACUCCGGUGUUAAUUAUGAAACAUUUGUCCAUCAUGUAUUUUUAAUUAUGGCAAUAUUAUAUCAUGUUGAGAUGGUUUUGUCAAAAUAUCUCUGUGCUAAUAUUAGUGCUGAAAUAAAGGUAUUAAAUUCCAA